AUGGAAAAUGGAGCAUACGAGAAGACCUAUUAUAGGGGCGCACUCGAAAGCAUUCCCGUCCAUGGACGGGAAAAUAUUGGAGGCAACUUGGAAGAAAUAGUGCAAGUUCUGAAGGCAAAAACCCAAGAACUUGCAAAGCAAAUCUCACAACUGAAGUCUGAAAAUGAGGAUCUGGUCAGCCUCAGGGACGACUACAAGAUAUUGAAGCAUGACUUUGAGAACAUGAGGUUCGCUAAUGGAAAGCUGGGAAAUGACUACGAGAACAUGAGAAAAGAGCACGAAAACCUCAAGUCUAGCUUCCAGGAACAUCUCUUGGAAAGCGACAAACUUCAGCUUCAACUGAACACCACGGAAGGAAGACUCCAAUAUCUGGAGGCUAUUAGCCUGCAAAUAACUCCCCGAACUUGUCAGACGCUAGCAGACUUGGGAGUGACCCGAACAGGAGAAUACCUCGUGGAUCCGGACGGAGUUUUGAUCGGCGAAGCACCCAUCAAAGUGAUCUGUGAUAUGGAGACAGAUCCUGUGGCCACAAUUGUCCUCCAUGAUUCCAUGGGAAACACUGCGAUCGAUCGAUGUGCUGAUCCUGGAUGCUACAACCACAGCAUAAAGUAUGGUUCACCGAUGAAACAGAUGGUGGCAUUGAUCCAACAUUCGAAGUCUUGCGAACAGUAUAUCAGGUAUGACUGUUUUUCCUCGGCCCUCACAACUGGAGUCAUACACUAUGCAUGGUGGGUGGACCGUCACGACGAACCACAAUAUUACUGGGACGGGUCAAAAGCAGGAGAGCACAAAUGCAACUGCGGUCUCUCUGGCAACUGCACAGACACAAACUUCCCUUGCAACUGUGAUGCAAAACCCCCCCAUUGGGAAUCAGACUCAGGAGCAAUAACGAAUGCAACAGCAUUACCCAUAACCGAGUUGCGCUUCGGUGGACUACAAUUUGAGGGGCAGAAAGCGAAUUACACAUUGGGUGGAUUGACUUGCAGAGGCAAGAUUCCGCCCCAGGACAACCCAGCACAAUCCUGUUCAACUCUUCGCCAAGCUGGAAACGCUCACUCUGGCUAUUACUUGGUCAAUUCCAAGAAAAGUCGCUUGGGCGUUGUUAUGUGUAGAAUGGAUUUGGAGGAGAAAGACCCGAAGUUUCAGGUGGAGACUAGUGUACAUAUUGCCGGGGAAGGUACUGUUUCUCUCAUAGAUGCCCAAUCAACUACUUUUCAUCUGAUGAAACAAGACGCGAAACUGUGGCCUCUGGCUGGAACUGGGAAGGAUGUGGUAAAGGCGAGGAAUGCAGUUGAUUGCGGUUACAUAUGCCAUUCCCUUCGACCGAUUUGCAAUGCCUUCAACUGGUAUCCUGGAACCUUUAUCUGCGAGCUCGUGAACACUCCGAACGUCACGUUACAAGAUGCCCCUGGUGCAUUGGUCUAUGUCAAUGCAUUCAGUGUUUGCCAGACACCUCCUCCUUCGAUAGAGAAUCGAACGAUGAAUUUCUCUUUCGGAUGGAAUGGUAGCCUCCCGGCGCCCUUGCUCUCCGAAGUCUCGUAUGACUGCCCGCGGCAUUCCCGUUGUCCACCUCCUCUGCCCCUCAUGGCCAAAUGCGUUGGCUUCAACGUGUGGAAAAUCCUGAAUCAAGACGUCACGCCGCCUUGUCCGGGAAGCGUUCCUCUGGCACAAGGUUACAAGUUUUUUCAAGAAGACGGUCGGUUUUACAAGCGCUACCCAUGGCCAAUGAACAGGACCCAGGCGAGUCAGGUCUGUUGCCUGGAUGGGGCCCGACUCGCUUCCGCUACGAGCCCCACAGUCUACAAUGCAAUCAGAAGUGUAGCCCCCGACACCACUGAGAAUAUCCUGCAAGGCGCCACCGACGAACUCGCGGAGGGCACGUGGAUCUAUGAAGACCCAAGUUUUCGUCAGGUGAACAACACUCCGAUCACAAGCUAUAAUCAUUGGGUUCAGGGUCAACCGCAAGGAGGACAUAGUGAGAAUUGCCUCGUUCUUAGUGGAGAGAAGUGGCACGACUGGCAUUGCUUCUCGACGUUCCCCUUCGUCUGUCAGUACUACUGAACUCAGAUGCAAUUUUCUCUUCGCGCCUCGAAAUGUUCUUAAAUCAAUCCUUUUCCCUUGGAAUUUUGCGUAUCUCAGGAUCAGUAUCAGGACAAUGGCAGGAUUUUGGACUUUCAGCCGAAGUGCCGCCUCUCCUUUCCUCCCGAAAAUAAAUCAUAUCCCUACACUCUUAGAAAAUUCCGACC